CAGAUAAUGCUCCUACUAAUAUCAGUUGUCACAAUGGCGGUAACACGGCGUGGUUAUAUAUUUUGUGCAUUUAUUUCCAGUGUGGUGUGCGUAUUAUUAGUGGUUGUUGCUAUCUCCAGUGACAGUUGGAUAGUAUCGAGCGCAUGGCUGGAGGGCCAAGUGGACUACAGCAAUAUCCGAUAUGGACUCUUCCGCGGAGAGUUGGCAUUGCGACAUCUCGGCACACCCUCUUACAACACCCUGUAUAUGACCUGCCUUUCUGACGUAAGCGCAUGUGCAGUAAGUUGUAAAACUGAACCACAGGCCAGAGAAGAUGAGGUUCGCGCACUGGCGAAGGGCUUGCGACCCAAUCAGGCGUGCGUUUCCGUCACAACUAUAGAUACGGAUAAUCCAUUGUCAGGUCCGGCUGUGAUAUCGUACGGUAUGUACGCGGCGAUCACCGCAGUGCUGUUUCUGCAGCUCGCUCUGGCAACGGUCGCAGCCGCACUUGCCAUACUCAACGCUACUAAAAACCCCACUGAACCAAUCUUCGGAUUACCCGGUUGUCUCUGGACGAAUGUGGUGACAGCCAUCUUGGGUGUAACAGUUCUUAUGAUGUUCGGCAUCUACUGGGCGACGUCUGGACUGAACCAGCACUUGGCUCUCUCCUACAUAGCUGCUGAAGUAUUCGCUCCUGAUCCAAGUCUAGGAUAUUCUUACUGGUUACUUCUGCCGGCUGUUUUUUGUUCACUUAUUAAUGUGGGUCUAAUUGAGCUUAGAAGAUAUUUAUUAGAAAAGGACCCGCCACCGCCCACUAUUAAAGUCGAGAACCAUUCUGACGGCACUAUUUUCUUGUACUAG